GCUGCCGUGGACCGCGAGCGGGUUCUGAGCGCCGCGGACCCGCGCUGUGCCUGCGGCCGGCAGCACCGCACGGAACCCGUGCGGCUCACGGGCUGCGGGCACGGGCUCUCGGGCUGCCUCCUCGGGUACCGCAAGGGGAGGCAGCGCGCCGGCUGCCCGGAGGGCUUCGAGCUGAAGGACCUGCUGGCCGCUCUGGUGAACCUCGCUCUGCAGGAGGUGCAGGGAAGAGAGCUGGAAAUGCGGGAUGAACCGGGACCCUCCGGAGAUGUUGCCUGCAUCCCCGGCACCCCCCGGGCCAGCUGUGGCCACGAUUAUAAAUGCUUCACCAGGGUCACGAACAUGGGGACUCACCUCUUUGAGGGUUAUAUAGAUGAAUGGUCAAAUAUCACUUUAAAGGAGGAAGAGAUAUGGGACAUCUCCAAGCAACUAGAAAUGACUGCAGAGACCAUCCACCUCUUGAGGACAGAUCUCAGCAAAGCAAAGGAAUAUGCAUCUCGGAUCAAAAGCCAGAUUACUAAAGAUUUCUGUUUCAUGAAGGAAUAUGUUGAAAGACAGGAGAGAAACACACCGAGGUUCACUGAACAAGAGCAAAAAGCAGCUCAACAGAAAAUUGAAGAGACUAUUCACCAGCUCUGUGUGGAAAUGAACAAGCUCACAGACAUCAAAACCCAAACGAGUAACUUAUCUGAGAGACAUAGGUACAAAGGCUCACCUUCAACAAUGGAUAAAAUUACCCUUGAUGAGAAACUUAAUGUUGUCAAAACUGCUGUAGAAGAUCUGAAGAGAAAGUUGGAAAUUUUAUUUUUGGAGAAGUAUGCUCGGCAGUUCCUACCAGCACAACCUCCAGACUUCUAUCAGGAGACAAAUGUCUGCUCAUUAUCUCCAGAGUCUGCAGCUAAAAAUCCAGAACCAAUGAUUUCAAGCCAGUUUUCUCAGCUAGGAACAGUCAUUGAGGCUCAGACUACGAGCAACAUCUUGGUUGAUAAAACAUGCGUGCUAGUGAAAAUGCUGUAUGUCCAGGAUUAA